UAUAACCGAGACAAAGUCUAACAAAUAUUAUUAUUAAAUAAUUAAAAAGACCGACAGAACAAACAUCUGUUUGUGGUAAAUGAAUUAUAUAAGUUUUGGGAAACAAGCUUAGCAUAGAUCAACAGAAUUUUCAUGCUAUCUUUGCUCUUGGAAAAGUGAAUACGCAAUUACCGUGACCGCAGUUAAUUUUAUAUGUUAGACUGAGUGACAAGUUGAAGGAAAAAAAUAAAAAAUGUCUCUGAAUCCAGACACAUGUUCAGUCCUUUUGGAUCCAGCAUCUGCUUCAAUGAUUUCAUCGUCCACUUCGACGACAGCUUUUCUUGCCGAUGAGGAAGCAUCCACUUGCCCACUCUUGUUAUCAGCUACUCCAAGUCCUCCGCCUUUAGACUACGUCGAUCCACCUAGCAGAGUACAAGCCGAGGAAGAUGCAUCCACUUGUCCACUCCUCUUAUCAGCCACACCAAGUCCACCGCCACUGGACUACGUGGAUCCACCAGAUGGUAAAACUGACAAUCCAUGCGCAGAAGAAGGAGUAGAGCAAGGAUGCUGUGUGCAAAAUACAGAAGAAGAAGAAAAUGAAGGAAUGGGCAACGAAGAGACCAGCUCUUCUGAUGGUACUGAACCAGCUCAAGCACUCUUUGGCGGCAUGAGGGAAUAUCAGCAUCUUGGUUUCACACAUCAGCAGGAUGUGUGUUCCGGUAAGCCUCCACUUCCUACUGGUGGCUCAGACCCAUGUUUUGCUUCUUGGAAUUGGCCAGUCAUCCGAGCUUUUGCCUUUUGGCUAUGCACUCUUUCAGUGGUAGCUUGCGGAGUAGCUGUUGGUUACACUCUUGCAACAUUACCGAAGUCUUGUGAUCCAAAAACAACUUGGUAUCGAGGUGGAGUAUUUUACGAAGCUUCGCCGCUAGUAUUCAGUGAUUCCGAUGGAGAUGGCAUAGGAGAUCUCAAAGGAAUCGCUUCAAGGAGUGACUACUUGAAAACUCUCGGCAUUUCAGCUUUGCACUUGAAUAACAUCUUUCCAUCGCGUCACAAAGGAGAUAUUUUUAUUCCCGUAGCAACGAUUUUGGAGUUAGAUGAAGCCCUCGGAACACCUGAAGAUUUCAUAUACUUAGCAGAAGUAUUGCACUCAAGAAAUAUAUCAUUAGUUUUGGAUUUGCCUGUUUAUCCGUAUGUGAAAAAACUACAACCCGUUCACAAAUUGAAAUCAGCAGACGAAGAUCAGCAGACCAAAUUAUUAAGUGCUAAUAAAUAUAAUGAUACCGAGGAUAACAAAUACAAUUUUGACGACAACGUAUUGCAGGGAACUGAUGAUGAAAUCGGUAGAGCAAUUAAAUUAUGGGCUGAUCGAGGUGCUGAUGGAUUUUAUCUCUUGGGUAUUGAGAACUUAGCUGACGACGAGAAUCUUCUAGAUUCUUUAGCUGGAUGGAAAAGUAUUUUAGGAGAAGAAAAAAUCCUGAUUGUGAAAAAAGAACUGUUAGAUAACUUGGAUAACGAUGGAGAAAUAGACAGUGUCCUUGCCAGCGCAGAUCUCAUUGACGUACGACUGACUGCUUGGAAUGACAGUGCUGAUUUGGGUUCUCAGAUUGAAAGAUCACUGAGUGGUCCUUUAUCACCAGAACGAGGUGCAUGGAUACAUUGGACAUUAGGAUAUGGACACUCAAACUUUUUUUCGGAUGAAAAUUUGCCGUAUGUACCGUCUUCUAGCUUACCACACAACGCAACCUUGGCUACCACUCUCAUGCAGAUGAUGCUACCUGGAACCACAAGUAUUCAUCACGGAGAUGAAAUUGCUUUGCAGAAAAAUGAAGAUUCGGAAAGAGAUCUAUUAGUGAACUCGGUGGAUCGCUUCAGCACAGAACAAAUUGCUGCUAUGAUUCGUUUACGAUUAACAACACCUGUAAUAUAUAAAAACUCCAUCAGAAAACAAGAUAUCGUUUCGAGUAAUUUUGCAGUGCGAAGUAGCGCAGACAACUUGCUCGUAUUAGAACGAUGGUACCCUCGACGGAACUCAAUUGCUUCCAUCACCAAUAUGUCCCCAGCCAGUGUCACAUUGGAUUUGUCCAGCAUGUUUUACAGUGGAAUGCGAAUGCUUUAUCCUCAUAAUAACGAACAUCUUUCUCAAACAUCCGAAGAAUAUGAAAAAAUCUAUUUUAAAUCAUUGCACUUGCACCCGCACGAAACACUUGUUGUCCGACUAGAUAAGUAAGUGUUUUAUGAGAAACAUACAUCUAUGAAGUGUGAUAUUUUUUAUAUUCAU